AUGCCAGGUUCCUGCCUGGACCUGCAGCUGCCUGCGGGCGCGGUGACGGGCGUGGGUUACACCGCCCCGGGCUACGGACCGGCGAACGUGCUGGUCGCCGGGAGCGCCAUCUGGAACCCGCAGAAACUGCCCAGGAACUACAACAACUGGCGCAUCGACUUCGACAUGCAGAAAGCAUACACCUUCUCCGCAGUCAAGAUCCGCAACUACGGCGACACCACGCACGACGUCACCGCCUUCAAGCUGGAGACGUCCGACGACAAGUCCACCUGGACACAGGUGUUCUCCACCGGCAGCGUGCGCGCAGGUGUGAAGACGCCUCAGCCUUUCAUGGGGUUCUACGGGAGCGGCCGUUUUUGGCGCUUCACGGCCACCCGGACCGCGCAGGGAUGGCAACCAUGGCUCGUCGGAGUCCAGUUCUGCGGCAUCGAAGGGAAGCCGAAGUACGAGGCCGUGAGCGUGCCGACCGCCGGGAUCAGCGGGGUGGGAAACACGCCGACCAACGGGCCUGAGAACGCCGUGGACGGCAACCGGGGGACGUUCUGGAACCCGCAGGGUCUCCAAAGGAACUACAACAACUGGUGGAUCAUCUUCGACUUCCAGAAGGUCUUCACCCUGGCCGCGAUCCAGAUCACCAACUACGGGGACACCACGCACGACGUCACGGCCUUCAAGCUGGAGGCGUCUGACGACAAGGUGACUUGGAAGCCGGUGUACUCCACCACGGGCGUCAGGCCAGGGACGAACCAACCGCAGCUGUUCGGUGGCUUCUCCGGAACGGGCCGCUACUGGCGCUUCACGGCCACCAGGACCCCGCAAGGCUGGCAGCCGUGGCUGGUGGAACUCCAGUUCUACACCAUCCCGGGUACGUUGGUGGAAGGGCCGGUGCAGGAAGACGCCACCAACACCCACUUCCUGGUGGUGGGGAUGGCCCUGACGGCGGAGGAGGCCCGGGCGUACUGCAAGCGUCGGGAGGGACACCUGGCGGACAUCAAGAGCACUAUGGUCCAUGACUACGUCGUGCAGACCAUCCGCAAGUACAGCAACCCGAACGAGAACUUCUGGAUCGGACUUCAGGACACCACGGGUAGCUCCGGUUGGAAGUGGGCUGACGGCACGGCCCUGUCCGGGUGCUCCUACCGGAACUGGGCGCCCUCCGAACCCGACCCCCCGUCCAGCGGCCAGACCUGCGUGCAGAUGGACGCCACCAACAGCUUCCAGUGGAAAAACGAUUACUGCAACACCAAGAAGUUCUUCGUCUGUCAAAACGGACCCGGGGACACACGUGCGUGCGGUGGAAACUCAGGUCGAGAAAUUGGAGCGGAAGCCCAGGAUGAAGCCCAGGAGGAUGAAGACGAGAUGCUUGAUGACAUGGAGGAGACUUUGGAGGAACUGAGGGAGAUCGAAGAUGAGCUGGAGGAAGAGUUGGAGGAAGAAGAGGAGGAGGAGGAGGAGAGGAGGGAGAUGGAGGAGGAGCUGGAGGAGGAGCUGGAGAAGAGGGAGGUGAUGGAGGAGGAGGAGGAGGAUCUGGAGAAAGAAGAGGAGGAGAUAGAGGAAGAGGAGGAUUAG